AUGGGAACUGCACAUUCGAACGAAGCGUCGUCUUUGGAAAGGCUACAAGACCAAUAUGACAAACAGGUUAGAGAGACCUUUUGUUUACUUACAUAAGCUAUCUUCUUUAUAAUUCUGUUCAAAUAAUACAAUUUUUCUACCUUAUUUUAGUUUAACCGUCAAAUUGUCCUUCUUGAUCAUUAUUGGCAACAGAAGAGGGCUACAGAAAUCGCACGAAGAAAAGAGAUGCUGAUGUGGGAUACUAUCCUUGGAUGCACCGCUAUAACUACAUUAAUGUACCAAGCUUUGAAACUGAAGAUCAAAGCACUCAUCAUCCCAGUUAUACCAAUGGUCACAUAUUUGGGCUAUAGGAUUACUUCCGUCUCCGACGAUUACAUAAAUUUGACUUUGAAAUCAGCUGAGGAAAUUCUCCAUGAUCCCACGAAAAAGGACAAAAUUCGAUUGGCGGGCGGGAGAAUCACCUUACAAGAAAUCGACCAACGUAGGAAAAAUUGGGAAAAUUUAUGA